UUAUGUUCUAUUAAUGGCUGAAUUAAGUAGUUCCUAAAUUGCUGGUAAAACAAGAAAAUAAUUUGUGAAGUGUUAUAUCGAAGUGUGAGCCUCUUACAAGGAGAUAUAAAAUUAAAUAACUGUAUAAACUUAAAGACAAAUUUGUGAUGCGGCGUAUUUUAUAUAUUUUAGGAGUGUGUGUGCUCCUAUUAGCCGUGGAAACAGGGGCAGCGAAAAACAACCAAAAGAAUUUCCUUGACUUUUCGAAUUUAUGGGGUAAAAAUGAUGAUGCAGCACCGGCUUCCGGGACAAAUGCUGAUUUUACCUUAGAUACUGAAGGGAGUGGCCUUGAUGAAAAUGUUGAGGUUGACAACACACAUACUGAUGAUGAAGACUUUGACGUGGAAGCAUCUGGUGAUGAUGACACUGAAGUUAAGGUACAUGUAACAACAGAAUCACCAGUUACAGAUGAUUAUUAUUACAACAACAAGAAAGGGACGUCAGAUGACGAAGAUGAUGAUUUGGAAGGAAGUGGAAGUGGAGAUGGUAUUGAAAUUGACCCAAUUGUGCCAGUGACAGUUAAAACUGUGAUGGUGAAUAACAAUCCAACAACGACCAGUAAGCAGCUGACGGCAUGUGAGAACUUGAGAAACACGGCUGUACAGGCAACAUCGGUCUUUAAGCCAGAGUGUGAUACUGAUGGAGAGUUUAAGAAACGUCAGUGUAUGAUAGAUGCAGGAAAUAAACAGAAGAACUGUUGGUGUGUUGAUCCUCAAGGUAUAGAAAUUACCGGAACACGUAUGACCGGAACCGGAAUGCCAGAUUGUAGUUUUGGGGAGAAUUUGAGUACAUGUGUAUUUCAACUGGUUCAGAACAGUCAGGGACUGCUGGGUGCUUACAAACCAAAGUGUACUCUUGAAGGAGAAUAUGAGCAGAUACAAUGCCAGGGAUCUGAAUGCUGGUGUGUGGAUGCUGUUGGUAAUGAAAUCAUUGGAACAAUAAAAAACAAACCGGAAAUACCGGAUUGUCCAUCAGCAACAACACCGAAGGCUGCUGAGAAGCCAAUUAUACCAGAUAAAGUCAAGCCUUUACCAGAAGCUGAAAAUCCUGGCUAUGAUAUACACGACAACAGUAAAGAAGAUAUUUCAAAUGUUGUAGUAAAAAUACCAGAAUCUGAAGAAACUGAUGUAGAAGAGUUAGAGGAAGAGACAAACUAUGUUGACGGGUCAUAUGCAACAAUGAAACGUGGUGAAACCGUCUUAUCACAGCCAGGCCUUCUUGCAGCAAUCAUUGGAGGAGCAGUUGUUGGACUUCUAUGCAUGGUCCUCCUUGUUAUGUUUGUUGUUUACCGCAUGAGGAAAAAGGACGAGGGAAGUUAUCCCCUAGACGAGCAGAAGUACCAGAAUUACUCGUAUACGAAAGCCCCUGAUAAAGAGUUUUACGCCUGAGAGAUGAAGAGGGCUGUUCUAGCUGAACACAAUAUGUUCUAUAUGUUAUCUAUGUGUUAAUUCAGAGAAAAUCUUCGGGUCAACUCAAAUGUGAUAUUUAUAUAUGUCAGGAAUCAUUUUGUCUAAAUCGGGUUUUUAUCGCAAAAUUUUUAUUUUACGUGCUAUUAUAAUUUAACAAAACUGUAGAUAAGUACGUAGACACUUGCAAGAUUAUUUUCAUCAAAUGAUAGGAAAGAUUUAUUUUCAAAGAUUCUAAGUGCUUUAUGAAAUUUUUAAUUUAUUUUUUAGCUCUAGAUCCUUAUUUUUAUUUUCUCCUGUUUUCUUCGGUCUACGUUCUGUGAAUAAGUACUUUCUUAUUUGUAAAAUUGUGUUUUAUUAUGAAUGCUUGGGUAAAUAUGCUACAUUUGAGGUGAGUUGAAAGCUUUUCAAAGAAAAAUAAAUGUAUAUGAACAAAUUGUAAUACAGUACAUGUAGUAUAAUACAUGUCUGCCUGCAGUGUGCGUGUAGACAACACAAAAAUACUGGGUGCCAGUUACCUCCCUUAUUCUGUGCACAUGCCUCUGAUAUGAACUAUUUUUAGUAGGAAAUCGCUACCACAAAUCAUGAAUAAAAAACAUCAAAAUUUCACAUUUUUGAAAGAUGAAUGUGUUUUAAAAAAAAAAAAGUUUUUCUCUUAUUUUACCUAAGAUUUUCAGAUCAAAAUUCAUUUGAUCUAUAUGGUAAUUUCUGUUGAGGCAUGUGCAUAGUGUACGGGAACUGUUACAAAUUAUAUAAGUAAAGAUAGCACAGCAUAUGUGAUACCUCCAUAUAGAUAGAAAUGGCCAGGGGGGGGUGUUAGGGGCUCAUUUUAUUUGGUUCAGUUACUAUGGAAAUUGCUCUAUUUUAUGUACUUUCGUGAUUAACAAAGGUUGUGUGAUUGAGGUUGAACAUUUUAUUUACACAGUUAAUCAGUCUGAUACAAGUAUUUUGUGGAUAGAUUUAUGAGCCACCAAUUUACUUGUAAUUAUUCUUUUCGAUUUUUGACGAUAGAAUUUCGCUCAUGUAUCAGUAAGGCAAAUACAUUGUUACUACAUUGAUUUUUAGAGUGUAACUUCGAUUUUUGGACUGUAACUUUUAUAUUUAUUGUUAAACAUGAUAUUUUAAAAAAAAUUGAAUUGUGUCUGGUAUUACAUAAAGCAGCAUUUUACCAUAGUUAUCACAUCCGAUUAAGAGGAACAGAUCUGAUAUUUCUGGGACAUUCAUAUUUUGUCCUUCGCAUGUGUAAGCCCCUGGCCCCCCCAAAAUGGGCACAAAUCCGAGCUGGUCAGUAGAUGAAACUUGUGUUUUCUUGUAUAUGUAUAGUUCUCAUUCAAAGUUGAUCAUGUGACUUCAUAGAAACAGUAUAUAGCCCAGAGUUGACACACAUUCCAAUCAUUGAUGUCAUCUACUGUGUUGCCAUGGAAACAAAAUCGUUCAUUAGUUGCUUGAACAGUUUUGUUUUCAUGACAUCAUAAUUUGACCUUAACAAAUGGGUCACAUGAUAUUUUUCUGACUUUUUAAGAAAAAGUGGUAUUAUGUGAGAGGGGAAAAAAAAUUAAAAUUUGAGAUAUUGAAAAAAAAAAAUAGAAAUGUCUUGUUGUUUUAUUUUAUCAGUGAUGUAUGAAAUUAUGUAUUUAGAAAUAGUGUUAGUGAAUCAUGAACUGUAAUUCUUUUAUAUAUACAUGUUAAAUGUUGGAGAAGUUUAUUGAUGUAGAAACUGCUUUAACAAAACUAGAGAACUCUUGCUUCUCUAGAUGAUCCCACCUUGGUUUUAUUAUCAAAAUCAUGUAAUUAAUUGAGUGAUGUUGCGCUGAAAACAUAGUAGAAUUUCGCAGAUACUUUAUUGUCUUUUUGCAUUAAUUUAUUCUAAAACAAAAAUUUAACUUAUUUUUUAGGUCAAAUUGGAAUGAUAAUGAAGUUCUGGUAACUAUACCUAUCCUGUUUUUACAUGAAGAAUAAAAUAACUAUUUUUUCAGAAAUCAAUAUUUAUUAUGCUUGUUUGGUUAAGCUUUAAAAUUUCAAUAAAUCAGUUCCAAAAUAUAUUACUUUUUAUAUUUCCUUCUGCAAUAUUCUUUAAGCGUGUUUCAUGAACCUCAGUAUCAUUUUAUUUUGGAUUAUUUUUUAGCUGGUUAUAAUGUAUACAUUUUAUUUAAACAUUAAAGUAAUGAGAUACUUUUCCUUAUAUACAUGUAAUAAUUAUUGAAAAUUAUUGAGAAUUGAAUAUGAAUAAGGAGAUUGAAAUUGAUGUAUUGAAAAACAGAAAUUGUGUGAAUUUUUUUUUUGUGUAAUUAAAGACGGUGAGGCAUCACUCAAACAAUUACAGCACAUGUACAAUAAACUGUCAUGCUAUUGUUAACAGUAGAGGAUUUAGUUGUGCUACCUCUUUUGUUAUUGGUUACGAAAAGUUAAUAUUCUGUAUUUCUGGCUUCCUUUUAAACGACGCAUUGGUGAGGCACAUUCACAUGUUUUAUUCUUGAUGUUUGUCGGUCUGUCUGCCAUGAUUCAGGUCCUGGUUGAAAAUGGAACAACAGAAAGUUUAGAGAAAGAAUAGAACAUUUUUUUAAAUAUUUUUGAAUAUUCUUAGUAAGUUUUAUUUAGAAUAACUUAUAAUCAAGAAUGAAUGACAUUGGCAUGUCAACAAUUUAAUAAGUGAUAUGAAAUUGAUUUUUUUUUUUAUACAAUUUGGAAGAUUCUGACAGAAUUUCUGUAAUUUGAAACAAAAUAAAUGAAGGAUUUGGAAUUUAAUUUGAUAAAAGUAUGGUGUGUAAAUAAAACUAGUUGACACAAAGGGAAGGGAAUGUUUUUAGGUGAAAGAAGAUGUUGUCUCACGCGUGUAUAUAUAUAUUUCUAAGAAUGUGAUACAGACUUUUGGUGUCAAGUUUCGCAUUACGUCCUUGUUUCUGUGUCAAAGUACUCUUUAAUGACGUAAAGAAAAUGGGGAAAUAAAUGUAUGAAGUUUGUUAUAAAGAGUUGUGAAAGAGCAAUAUUGUAAUUAUCAAGGAAUAUUAAGAAUUGUUAAUUCUACAAGUGGAGUUUCAUCAUCUUACAUAUCUUCCUGUUGGGGAUACCCGUGAAAAGUGAUCACUUUAACAAGUGGUUUUAAUUUAGAGGGUUACCACCUACACAAGGAAGUGGGUUUGAUGUAUUUCGUCAUCGUUUUUAAGUUCAAAGAUAAGUAGAUGAUAAGUAUUUGAAAGUUCUUAUUAAUGAAUCAAGUGUUCAAUCCUAAAUCUUAAUCAAGUAUUUUUUUUUUAUUAAGUGUUAGUGUGAAUCAUGAGUCAAGUUGCUUUUUACCAGAAACAGGACAAAAUAAAUUGCUUUAGGAAAUUUUAUAAAGUGAGUCAUUGUAAUAAAUUGUUCAAUGAUUUUUGCUUAGAGAAUAAGAUUUGUUCCUAUUUUAAAAAUGUUGUUAGAAAUAGGAUUUUUGAUAUUUUUCAUUUUUUUUGUAUUUUUUUAUAUAAGCAUUUGACUUGAAGAUGUUAAUGCAAAAUAAUGAUAUACUAAUCAAGUGCAAUUUGGAAAUUAUUUAAAAAAAUAAAAUCAUGAAUGAGACUUCAGAAAUGAUAUUUUGUUUGAUUUCAGGAAUUUUGUAAUCAUUGAUACCUGGUUAAAUAUAUAUCAUGUUACAUGAAAAGAAAAAAAGAAAAGUUAAAUAUAUAUCAUGUUACGUGAAAAAAACAACAACAUAAACCAAAAUCUAUUUUUUAUGAAUAAUUUUUUUUUACCAUUUUCGUACUUUUCCAGCGAUUUUUGAAUCGGCAUUCAUUACUGAAUUAUGGUUCAAAUGUAAUUGUUUAAGCCUUUUUUAUGCUGGAAUCUUCCACAUCAGCUUAGAGCCCAGGCCAGUCUGCCCUUCACUACAGGCUCUAUACUGCUGGGUUUUUCAACUUUUUGAUAAUAUAAUAGAUAGUUUCAAAAUUAUAAGCUGGAGAUGUCCGAUUUAGGAUUAUUUUUCCAUCAGGAUAAGGGUUAAGUUCUGUUGUUUUAAUUUUUGUGUGUGUGUGAAAAUUGUAAAUAGCUUUAAUAUGUCAUGUUAAUCAUGUUAUUAAAUGUAUAGUUCUGUACAUAUUUUUGAAAAUGUUCGUUAUUUUACACAUAUUUCAUUAUCGCCAUCGUCCAUACGUAACUUGCCUUUGAUUAUUUCUAUAACAUCAUAAAAAGUUGGAUUUUAGACUUAAUUACAAAAGCUUUGCUCUUAUUCAUUAUCUGGUUUCUUUCUAGUUACUUUUUUUCCCACAAUGAAUAUUACAAAUAAUGUACAAGACGAACAAAUUCUUUUUUUUUUCAUGAUAUGAAUUCCUUUCCUUGUUUAUGGUUAGAAUAGUUUCAUGGAAGGAAUUAUUUCCCUUUUGUAUUCAUUAACAUAUCAUUUAUUUAAAGUUGGAUGAAACUCAUAAGAACGCUGUU